UGCGCACACCAGACCAUCAACAUCAGGACCAGGGAGUACGCGGCGGCGUUUACAGUGAUGCGGGAGGAAAACCGCCCGAUUGUUGUCCUCUGAAAACAGUUGCGCGACGAUGUUUUUGUUUUUUGUUUUGCUAUUAUGUUGUACCUGCUGCACGACCGUCUUUCCAUCUCGACCGUGAAAUAACCACCUUUUUUUUAAACCCAAUCCUGAUGAGAUUAUAGCCUCGCUGACCACAAAUCAGUUCUAAUUCGGCUCUUUCGGCGUCGUGUUCGUGGUUCUUCGGGGUUUCUAUCAUCCCUAGACUCUCCAUUCCCACCAGCGGGCUUUCAUGUGUAAAAAGGUCGCGUCUGCCUAGUGGGAUGCACAUCAGCGUUUUACCGUAUUCGCUCUCUGUCGUAAUGGCUGCUCUUUACCGGGGCACGGACGCGUCCUCUCCGGACAAAUAUCUAGCGUUGAAAGACGUUAGGGAGGUAAAAGAGGAAACGACCCUUGACGAGAAACUCUUCUUGCUGGCUUGUGAGAAGGGUGAUUACUACAUGGUGAAGAAGCUUCUGGAAGAGCAUCAUGGAGAACUGAACAUCAACUGCGUGGAUGUGCUGGGCAGAGACGCGGUCACCAUCGCCAUCGAGAGCGAGAACCUGGACAUACUGCAGCUGCUGCUGGAGCACGGCUGUCAGACAACAGAUGCACUUUUGGUGGCUAUCGACUCAGAGGUGGUUGGAGCUGUCGACAUUCUUCUCAACCACCGGCCCAGAAGAUCCUCCAAACCCUCCAUCGCGAAACUGAUGCAGCGCAUACAGAAUCCAGAGUAUUCCACAACCAUGGACGUGGCCCCCGUCAUCCUGGCUGCCCACCGGAACAACUACGAGAUCCUCACCAUGCUCCUGAAGCAGGACAUCUCCCUGCCCCGGCCCCACGCCGUGGGCUGCGAGUGUACGCUGUGUAACGCCAAGAACAAGAAGGACAGUCUCCGCCACUCCAGGUUUCGGCUGGACAUCUACCGCUGCCUGGCCAGUCCGUCCCUCAUCAUGCUCACAGAGGAAGACCCCAUACUGCGAGCGUUUGAGCUGAGUGCCGACCUGAAGGAGCUCAGCUUGGUUGAGGUGGAAUUCAGGAACGAUUACGAGGAGCUGGCCAAGCAGUGCAAGAUGUUUGCCAAAGACCUGCUGGCUCAAGCUCGCAACUCCCGUGAGCUGGAGGUCAUCCUGAACCACACGUCCAGCGAGGACCAUGUGGACAAGCGAGGGUUGCUGGAGGAACGCAUGAACCUCAGUCGCCUCAAAUUGGCCAUCAAGUACAACCAGAAGGAGUUUGUGGCACAGUCCAAUUGCCAGCAGUUCCUGAACACGGUGUGGUUCGGCGAGAUGGCGAGCUACCGGCGCAAGCCGACGGCGCUGAAGAUGGCGACGGUGUUGAGCGUUGCCCUGCUUUGGCCGCUGCUGUCCGUCUGUUACCUGCUGGGCCCGCGCUCGCGUGUCGGCCAGCUCAUCCACACACCCUUCGUCAAGUUCAUCAUACACAGCGCCUCCUACUUCAGCUUCCUGCUCCUACUGAACCUCUACUCGCUGGUCUACAACGAGGGCAAGAAGAACACCAUGGGCCCACCCCUGGAGAUGAUUGACUACCUGCUCAUCCUAUGGAUCAUUGGGAUGGUGUGGUCAGAUGUGAAGCGUCUAUGGUAUGAAGGUUUGGAAGACUUUCUGGAAGAGUCCAGGAACCAGCUGAGCUUUGUGAUGAAUUCUCUCUACCUGGCAACCUUCGCACUCAAGGUGGUGGCACACAGCAAGUUCGAUAACGGGGACAUGGAGAAGGAACGCAAAGACUGGGACGCGUCUCACCCCAUCCUGGUGGCGGAGGGGCUCUUUGCGUUCGCCAACGUGCUGAGCUACCUGCGACUUUUCUUCAUGUACACCACCAGCUCAGUCCUCGGGCCAUUACAGAUCUCCAUGGGUCAGAUGCUGCAGGAGUUUGGGAAGUUCCUGGGCCUGUUCCUCCUGGUUCUUUUCUCCUUCACCAUCGGACUGACUCAGCUGUAUGGAAAAGACAAGAAGGACCCAUCCAAGACCAAGGACGACAACAAAAACUGCGAGGGGAUCUUCUGUCAGGAGCAGAACAACAACGCCUUCCACACGUUCAUGGGAACGUGUUAUGCUCUCUUCUGGUACAUCUUCUCCCUGGCACACGUGGCGCUGUUUGUCACCCGGAUCAGCCACACGGAGGAGCUGCGCUCGUUCGUGGGUGCCCUCAUCAUCGGCACGUACAACAUCGUCGUGGUGAUUGUCCUCACCAAGCUCCUGGUAGCCAUGCUGCAUAAGAGCUUUAGGCAGAUCGCGAACCACGAGGAUAAGGAGUGGAAGUUUGCACGGGCCAAGCUCUGGCUCAGCUACUUCGAUGACAAAUGCACGCUGCCUCCUCCCCUCAACAUCCUCCCCUCCCCGAAGACACUUUGUUACCUGGUGACCAGCCUGAGCAAAUGGAUCUGUUCACACACCUCCACAGGCAAGGUCAAGAGACAGAACAGCCUGAAGGAGUGGCGGAACCUGAAGCAGAAGAGGGAUGAGAACUACCAGAAGAUCAUGUGCUGCCUGGUGCACCGCUACCUGACGUCCACGCGUCAAAAGAUGCAGAGCACAGACCAAGCCACGGUGGAGAACCUCAAUGACCUGCGGCAGGACCUCUCCAAGUUCCGUAACGAGAUGCGGGACCUGCUGGGCUUUCGCACCUCCAAGUACGCCAUGUUCUACCCCAGAAGCUGAGCGUCCUCCUCGCUGGCCCGCAAUCCUUCCUCCUCCUCUUCCUCUCACUUCAAAAGACGCAGGGAGGCUGUGAAGUCCUGGGUUUCUACUGGAGUUCUACUAUAGUAUAUUUCUUCUAUACACCAAAGCCUCCUGAUUCAAAAACUUAUGUAGUAUUCUUCCAUCCCACUUGUUUUCUAAAAGUGUUGUUCUAUUUGACAAAAGAAUCCAAUAAAGAUUUAUGA